AUGGUGACUCUCGACGAGAUCGCAAAUACGAGCUUGCUUCAGAAACCAUCAGGCGAUGCACUAGAACCUCUCGAGCGCAGUGAAUCAAACUACAAACCCCUCAGUACUUUCGCCCUGCCCCAGGACCGCCGGUACCAGCAGCAGUUCGCCGAUACAUACUUCCUACGACUCACUAAAAUCAAGCCCUUUGCCGAGGAAGUUGCCAGCGCAGCAUGGGAGGGCACGAUUCUGGGCGGUGAGACGGCGACGAAGGUGGAUCGGGUGUUGGAUGUCCGUCAGGGCCAGUUGUGCUGGGUUGCUGGCACGGUCUACAUGGACAUGCCGCUGAAGCCCAGUGUGCUGGAGGAUGUGUCCAAAGAUCGGUGGAUCUCGGCCCCUGCCACUGCGGACCACUACUACUCGAAGGAUGGCGUAGAGUCGAUUAUGCUGGAAGAUGACUCUGGUCGCAUCCGGUUAGUCGGUAACCUCCUCCGAGACUACUUCCUCGUCACAGGCUGCAUCAUCGCCGUGAUGGGCACCGAGAACGCCAACGGCGAGUUCGAGGUCAUCGACCUGAAAUUUGCCGACCUGCCGCCCCAACCCGAGCGCUGGUCUCUCUCCAAACCUUCCUUGUCUAAAGGCGCCAGCCGACAGACCAAAGUCAAAGACGAAGACGUCGAGAUGACUGGGUCUCAGCCGUCGAAGAAACUCGCGAUCGUCUCAGGCCUCGAAUUCUCCGGCACGGACACAUCCUACGCAAUGGAACUCAACCUCCUACUCGAGUUCCUCCUGGGCGAAGCACUCGACCCCGCCGCCCAGUCCGAGCUCUCGCAGAUAUCGCGGCUCAUCAUAGCCGGCAACUCCAUCGCCAAGCACUCGCUCGAGGAAAGCACCGUGGUCGACAAGAAGCCGCACAAAAAAUACGGCUACGAUUCGUCCUCCUACAACCCACUCCCCUCCCAACUCCUCGACACCUUCCUCUCUUCGCUCUUGCCCACCAUGCCCAUCACUCUCCUCCCAGGCGAACUCGACCCGGCCAACGUAAGCUACCCACAACAACCGAUUCACUCAGCCAUGUUCCCGAAGGCGCGGACGUACACAGCAAUGCCAGGAUCAACAGAGCCCGGGUGGCUCGACCCGGUAACGAACCCGUGGGAGGGUGAGGUCGAAGGGUGGCGCGUGUUGGGGACGGGCGGGCAGAACCUCGACGACAUAUGCAAGUACGUGGACAGCGGCGACCGGCUGGGCAUGAUGGAGGCGAUGUGUCGGUGGCGGUGUAGUGCACCGACGGCGCCGGAUACGUUGUGGUCAUACCCUUUCCAGGAGGACGAGCCUUUUGUGAUGAAGGAAUGUCCGCACCUUUAUUUCGUCGGCUGUCAACCCGAGUUUGGGACCAAAGUCAUCGAAGGCCCGCAAGGGCAAACGGUGCGACUGGUCUUGGUCCCCUCGUUUGCAGCGACACGUGAGAUUGUGUUAGUGGACACCGAGACGCUCGAGGUAUCAAAGGUGAAAAUCACUGCUUGA